AUGGGCUCGGGGAAGAAAAUCAAGUUCGCCCUGUGUGAAGUGCUGCAGUUUGCGGGUCUCUGUGUGCCCGUCUUCAUCGUCAUGCAGAGGUUCGCCUCCAUCAUCCACCAAAUCAAGAGCCACGCGCAGCCGCCGGGAGACGCCACCACCGCCUACUGGCUGAUCGUGGCCACCUCCAUCGCCUAUGUCACCUCCGUGGCCCUGCUGGUCUGGGUGCCCAUGAAGUACAUGGUCUUCAAGAAGAGGAAGUUCUUCACAGAGAGGAAGAAGUGGAGACCAGUGACCCUGGCCUAUGUGAUUCUGUCAACAUUGCCCUGCUUUGCCUUUCUGAUUGCCAGCUCUGAGGUGCAGAUCAAUAACGGCAUGAGAUAUGAUACAUUCACUGAGCUUCCCGUGUCGCUGGUUCUCUUCUCGCUGAUCUGCAUCGACAUCAUUGAAAGGAUUCGCCACUGCCGCCUCACUGGGCAGGCCAACGAACUUGCGAGAGAUGCCGAAAUACCCUCCACGGUGCUCACACACGUGGAGCAGGUGGCACCGGUGAUGACUGUAGCGGGCCAGCUCAGCACCGACAGAGAGCGCGGCGGGGCCAGUCUCAGGCCCGAGGCUAAUGGCACCGUGCCAGGGCUUCCAGGUAAUCAGGAAAGACAGUUCAGCAUCUCGGGUCUCAGUUCCCGCACGGCCAGCACGGCCUACCACUUCCCCACUUACGCUUACUCCGGGCCGCUCAAGUUCCUGUGCGCCAGCGACAUGAGGGCCGAGCUCUUCGUGGAGAGCUUCAUGUUCUGGUUCGACACAGUGGAGAUGGUGCGGGUGGCGGGACACCCUUCCGUCUACUACUCCGGCUGGGUUUUCCCCAUAUACAUCUUCAGCUACCUGUCCGUGCUGCGGCUGAUAGUCAUGCCCCACAGCCCCUUGCUGUCCUCUCUAGGGGUGGUGCUGCAGGACCUCCCCUUCCUCUUUGUCCGAAUCGCCUUGAUCGCCAUUUUCGGCUUUGUCACGCCCCUGCUGUACCUGAUGAAGAACCUCCUGGUGUCUCUCGCCUUCAUAUACUUCAACUUCAUGACCAAGCUGAGGAUCUUUAACACAGAGAGGAUGUUCUGA